AUAAGACAAGCUCUCACAGAAGUAGGAUCGGGAAUUUGCUCCCGUUAACGGUCGAUUCCGGUCCGCGUAUUUUUACGUGGACUUCACGGCAUUGCGUCACGUUGAUGAAUUUGAAGAGAUGCUACCGAGAGGCGCAUCCGUCCGCUUAUGAUAAACAAAUCUGCGCCAGUCACUUCAAUUUGCGCGACCGUUGCUGAAGAAGUACCGUUGACGGGGGGUUUGAAGACGCGAUAUAUUAAAGAAAACACCGAUCAGCGAGUGUGUGUGUGUAUGUAAAUGUACACACAGUUAUACUCAGGUGGGCCAAACGUUUUGCGCGUGGCGUCGGUGGUCUCGCGCACAGCACGGUGAUAUAAACCCGGUUCGCGCGGCUCGGGAUGAACGGUGAGGCUCAUGAACGCGCUCUUCCGUUCGAUAUCCGCACCAUCCCGGGGUGUGACAGAUAGACACGGGUCCGCCGUCGCCGCUGCGCCCAUGGCGGGUCCCGCAUUCCCGGGAGCGCACGGAACCUGGAUCACAUCUCGGUUACGGGAGGACGCGUCAUCCUCUUCAUCGUUAUCAUCGUCGUCGUCCGCAGAGAAACCGCGCAAACGGAGAGCCUUUAACCUGGUCAAACUGCGGCAGCCCACCGCCCCCGGUAACAACAACACGCCGUUUGUGAUCUCCGGUCAUAUCAAGCACAUCUGCAGUAACUGCAGCCGCGGGAAUGACAUCCGGGACGCAGAGGGUGCCGAGCGUCUGGCGGCGAUGCGCUCCGAUUCGCUGGUUCCCGGGACGCACACGCCGCCGAUCCGCAGACGCAGCAAACUGGCCAGUCUGGGACGACUCUUCAAACCGUGGAAAUGGAGAAAGAAAAAGAGCGACAAGUUCAAGCAGACGUCUGCAGUGCUGGAGAGGAAGAUGUCGACCCGUCAGAGCAGAGAAGAGCUCAUCAAGAGAGGCGUGCUCAAGGAAGUGUAUGAGAAAGUAGACGAGGUCAGUGUUGACACUGGCCACGUGUGUGUGAGUGACCUGGAUAGACAGACGGUCAUCAGUCCAGUAUCAGAGUCUGCAGACACCAGCGUCACAGCGACAGUGUCGUUCUCAGAGGUCCAGUCGUCUGGAGAAACAAUGGCGUGUCUCUCGGAUCUCGUCCCAAAGCCAUCUCAAGCCCCGCCCUCUGUGAAGCCCGUGCCGUUGCCUAGCGACAGCGCUGACAUCACUCACGUGAGGCCGUCGUCGCUGAAACAGCCUCCUGCCUUACCGCCGAAGCCAUACAGCAGAAUACCCAACCAUCUCACAGAGACGCUGGCUCGACUGUCGCCGCCUCUCCCUCCAAAGAAAGUGAUGAUAUGUGAGCCGCCCUCGUUUCCCCUCAAAUGCCUGCCGUCCCAGGGCUCGCACGCGCACGCACACACGCUCACACACGCGCACCCGCAGCAGUACGCCACGCUGCCGCUGUCACUGCACCCGCCCAGCCGCAUCAUCGAGGAGCUUAAUAAAACUCUCGCACUCACCAUGCAGAGACUUGAAAGCUCUGUACUGCAGGCGGUGCCAUCUGUCCUGAUGGAGACGGAAGAGGAGAAGGAGAACAGAGAUUCAAUGCACCAAACUCCCGCCAACACACACACACUCAUCACACACACCUUCAGCACGCAUGAGGAAGAGGACGAGGAAGAGGAGGAUGACGACGACUCACUGUUUACAAGUACACUCGCUUUAAGGAUCUUACGAAAAGAUUCGCUGGCGAUCAAAUUGAGCAAUCGCCCGUCGAAGAGAGAACUGGAGGAUAAAAACAUUCUACCCAUGAUGACCGACCAGGAGCGGCUGGAGUCCAGACAGCAGAUCGGCACCAAACUCACCCGUCGUCUGAGCCAGAGACCGUCAGCAGAAGAACUGGAGCAGAGAAACAUCCUCAAACCGCGUAACGAGCAGGAGGAGCUGGAGGAGAAGCGCGAGCUGAAGAAACGGCUCUCAAGGAAGUUGAGUCAGAGACCCACCGUAGAGGAGCUCAGAGAGGCCAAAAUUCUCAUCCGCUUCAGCGAUUACGUGGAAGUGGCGGAAGCUCAGGAUUACGACCGGCGCGCGGACAAACCCUGGACCAGACUCACUGCUGCUGAUAAGGCUGCCAUACGCAAAGAACUCAACGAGUUCAAAAGCACAGAGAUGGAGGUGCACGAGUCCAGUCGACAUCUAACCAGGUUUCAUCGGCCAUAGUGCCGCUACAGUCGGUCAGUGAACUCUCGAUCUCUCUCUCUCUGCUUUGGAGCCGUUCAUCUUUAAUGGACCCUGAACAGACUCUCUGCUGCUCGUUUUGAUCAGGAAUCACACGCAGGAACGAGCAGCAGAUCCCGAGCCGACCCCGCUGGACUCUCGCCGGCGGCGCGUCGACGGCCCGGUGGAUACGGAAGAGCUGACGAUCUGUCUGUGUGCGGAUAUUUGUGUAUAUUUUGACAAAACUGAUAUAUUACGUGCUCUUCGCCAUGAAAUUUCUCUUUUUUGUUUUUUCCAGGCGAUGGUUUUUAAUGCAGCAGACGAUGUAGUUGAUUUUCUACUUGUAACUGAAAAAUUCCAGUCCUUUUAGUUUUCAAAAACGGAAAACACAAGGGAAACGACUUUUCUAAUGAGCGCAAACCAUAUUAUUACUCGCUAAAUAUAACUGUCUUUAAAGGAACGGUUUGCCCAAAAAUAUACAUUUGCUGGAAAUGUUCAUCCAAGAUGUAGAUGAGUUUGUUUCUUCAUCAGAUUUUUGCAUAACUUGCACGCUGCAGUGAAUGGGUGCCGUCAGAAUGAGAGUCCAAGCAGCUGAUAAAAACAUCACCACUGGAGUGGUGUGGAUUAUUUGUGAAUUAUUUUGAUGUUUUUAUCAGCUGUUUGGACUCUCAUUCUGACGGCACCCAUUCACUGCAGUGUGCAAGUGAUGCAAUAUCUCCAAAAACACAUCUACAUCUUGGAUGGACAUUUUCAGCAACUGUUCAUUUUUGGCUGAACUACUCUUCUAGUUUCCACAUUUCUGCCUUUGAUUUUAAACUUUUAUUGCAUCUGCCAGAUGCUUUUAUUUGUUGCAUUUAAAUAUUUAUUUUUAUCAGUUCAUUCAUUCCUUGGAAAUGUUGGCGUUACUAUUUGUGCUACAUGAUUUUUUUAAAAAGUCAAAACCCCCAAAACAUCUUUAACCAAUAACAUAAAAGCAACGUUUGCCACGCCCACACUACUGCCCAAUCACAGGAGGCGAUCUUGACGGGCUCAUGCUGCAGUUGAGUGACGGGACAGAGCAAUAACGUGUUGAAGAGUGAUUGUUUGUUCACGAGUCCUGUUGAGUGUUUUCAAACCAGGUUUUUGUUCCACCUUUGUCUCGUUAUGCGCUCACUGGUGCUCAGCGGUCAUGUGAUCGAGCGUAGGGCGACCCUUUAAACUCCGCCCACUUUACAGGGCGUCGCGUUGCCAAAAUAAAACCAAAACAGGCAAGAGAAACAAUAAUCAGUGUUACAUUCGUUUAAUUUUUGUAUUUUAUUUACAGUGAUCAUACAGGAAUUUUAACAUUUACAGUAAGGUCUCAUUUGUUAACAUUUGUUUUAUUUAAUGUUAGUUAAUAGUAAUGCAAUAUUCAUGUUACUUCACAGUGCAUUAUUUAAUGCGAACAAAUACAAUUUUUAAUUUUAAAAAUGUAUUAGUAAAUCUUGAAGUUAACAUAAUUCCUACAAGAAAUUUAAUGGUAAAUUUUAUUAAUUUUAAUUAUUAAUUUUAUUUUAUUUAUUUUUUUUAGAAAUUUCUUAUUUUAAUAAUAAUAUUACCUAAAUGUUAAAUACAACUUUUAUUUUAAAAAUUUCAUAAAUGUUAAAAUUAACAUUAAAACUAAUACAUGUUGUAGAAUUAUUAGUUCAUGAAGUUAACUAUAAUAAGGUUAAAUUUGGUAACUAGUCAACUACAUUAGUUAACAUUUUUACAGCAUAUAUUAAUUUUAUUUUGUAAAUUAUAAAAUUCACUAGUAAAAAGUUGUAUAUAACAUUUAAAAUUUUUAUUUUAAUAACUGUAUUAAUGUUAACAAAUGCAACUUUUAAUUUUAUAAAUUAUUAGUUAUAGAAAUUAUAGUAUUAGUAAAUGUGCAUAAGAAAUUGUUUAAUAAUUUAUUACUAUUGUUAUUAUUAUUAAAUUAACUUUUUAAAAUUAAAUUUUUUUAAUAAAAUUAUUCAAAUUUUAACCAACUAAAAAACUUGUUCUUCAGUAAAAAAAAACAAACAAACAAUAGGUCAUUUAGUAGUAAUAAUAAUAAAAAUAAUAAAAUAUAAAUUAUAAAAUAAUUUUUUGAAAUGCACUUACAAGGUUAGAUUUUUUAGAUUUUUAUGUAUGUUUUUUUAUAUUUUAAUAAUAUUAACUAAAUGUAAUAUUAUUAAAUAAUAUAACCUAAAUAUUAACAAAUACAACUUUAUUUAUUUUAUGGUUUACUAAUACAUUUUUAAAAAUUGUAUCUGUUAACAUUAUUUAAUACAUUGCGAAGUACUUUAAUUGUAUUUUUAUUAACCAACACUGAAAAAGAUUAUUAAAUGUUGUACAAAAUCAUUGUUAGUUCUUAAAUGAACAAAUGAGACCUUAUUGUAAAGCGUUACCACUGUAACAAUGUGUGCUGAGAUGUUUUUAUGUUAAUAUAUUAUUUAUAAAUAUUUUUAACGGACUUUGAUACUGAACACAUUGGCAGGGCAUUAAAGGAAAACUUCACCAAAAAAAAAAAAAAU